AAUACAUUCGUCACUUCAUUCACUUGAGUUGAGACGCACGCACUAUAAGCUGCUGUCAGGGUGUCCACAGAAAUGGAUGCUCAUUUCGCUGUACUGAACAUGGGAGAGCCCUGUGUUCAGAUCUUUGAACAACCCAAACAAAGGGGCAUGCGCUUCAGGUAUAAGUGCGAAGGCCGUUCAGCAGGAAGUAUACCUGGAGAAAGAAGUUCUGACAACAAUAGAACUUAUCCAAGCAUUCAGAUUCUGAACAGCUGUGUAAGAGGAAAAGUACGUGUGUCAUUGGUAACCAAAAAUGAGCCAUACAGACCACACCCACAUGACCUGGUGGGAAAGGACUGCAAGGAUGGAUAUUACGAAGCUGAAUUUGGACCUGAACGCAGAGUUAUUGCCUUCCAGAACCUGGGCAUCCAAUGUGUAAGGAGAAGAGAAGUCAAGGAUGCCAUAUUGCAAAGAGUGAACAGAGGCCUCAACCCCUUCAGUGUUCCUCGGGAGCAGCUUUUGCAGACGGAGGAAUACGACCUGAACGUGGUGCGUCUAUGUUUUCAGGUCUUUCUGCAAGAUGAGACUGGAUGCUUCAGCAUUGCGCUGCCACCUAUCAUCUCUAAUCCCAUCUAUGACAACCGUGCCCCAAACACAGCCGAGCUGCGUAUUUGCCGUGUCAACAAAAAUAGUGGCAGUGUAAAGGGUGGUGAUGAGAUCUUCCUGCUCUGCGACAAAGUCCAAAAAGAUGAUAUAGAAGUACGCUUCUUCACCCAGACCUGGGAGGCCAGAGGUUCCUUCUCCCAGGCAGAUGUGCACAGGCAGGUGGCUAUUGUUUUCCGUACGCCUGCCUACUGCGACAUUUCCAUCACAUCGCCUGUCACUGUGCACAUGCAGCUGCGUCGCCCAACUGACCAGGAAGUGAGUGAACCCAUGGAGUUUAGGUACCUGCCUGAUGACAAAGAUCCAUACGGCUGUCGAGAAAAGAAGCGAAAAAUUGAGAACGUAAUGAAGUCCUUCAAUUUUAAACCUGAGAUCCCUAUGACUAGAAAAACUCAAAAUCCUAUGAUGAAUGCAAGGAUUAAAAGUGAGCCAAAUUCCUAUGUAAAACCCCCUCAUCCUGGUAUGAUGAGGUCAAAUCAACAAAUCAUGUACAACAAUGCCUAUCAGCCCCCACAUAUGAUGACAUCCACUUCAGCAUCUCCAGCUCCAGGAUCAUUCAAUCAAGGUCAAUGGGGUAGUUCUUCACUUCACUUCAGCCCUGCUAGCAACAACCCCGGGCCCAGUAAUGGAGUGGGUAUGUCACAGGUUAAUCCAGUUAACCUCAUAACCCAGCUCCUUCCCUAAGCAACACUGGGGAGAGUGGAAACAACCUUCCCUUACUGAGUCCAAGAGAUCUGGAGUUUCUUGACACAGGUGCUUCUGCCAUCCCACCACGACAGGAGCAACUGGAGCACAGUGUCCAACAUUCACAGCAGCCUCAUCAUAGGAAGGA